AUGGUUACCAGCGCGAUCGUUAUCGCGCUCGUAAAACUGCAAGAAUCACCUCGCUCCGUCCGAGAUAAGGUGAAUCCCGCGGGAACGAUCUCGAAGCCGAAGGGCGGAGUUUUGCAGGAGAACGAGGGGACAUCACUCGAAGUAAUCCUGUCGACGUACGAAGAUCAUUCGUCGCGAGGAGGCAGCGAGCAGGCCGUCCCGCAGACGAGUCCUGCGAGCAGCACGAGCAGCUCGAGCCAGGUGACCCAGGUGACUCAGGUGAGCCAGCAGGUGAGCCAGCAGCCUCACCCGCAGCCUCACCAGCAAUCGGCGCCGGCGUCAACGACGACGACGACACCUCAGUCCACCCAAAUGGGCAUCUCUACCGAGGAGAUGAGGCCCGAGGAAGAGGGCACCCAUCCGCGAGCGGCGCCGACCAGCCCCGAGAGCGAGGCGGAGGCCGACGACUUCGCGCCCAAGAGAAAGCAGCGCCGCUAUAGGACGACCUUUACUAGCUUUCAGUUGGAGGAGCUCGAAAAGGCCUUCUCCAGGACGCAUUAUCCGGACGUGUUUACGAGGGAGGAGCUCGCCAUGAAGAUAGGCCUGACGGAGGCACGGAUACAGGUCUGGUUCCAGAACCGGCGGGCCAAGUGGCGCAAACAGGAGAAGGUUGGGCCCCAGGCGCAUCCCUACACUCCGUACCCACCACCGUCGGCGAUCGUGGCGCCGACCUUGCCGAACCCCUUCACCCACCUGGCCAACUUCUCCCAUAGGAAGACCUUCGAGGCCUUCCGCUAUCAGCCGCUGGGUCACGGCCCGGUCCUCCCCGGUGGUUACGCCGCUCAUCCCUAUCAUCGGGCCCCGCCGCCGCUGCUGCCGCCCGGCAUGCCCCUGCCGUACACAUCCGCCGCCUCCUUCCAAAGUUUACUGGCGAAUAUAUCGGCGGCACAACCGAAAUUGGUCCGCGGUUCGCCGCCCCCGCCCCCGCCACCUGCCCCCGCGAUCGUCCUACCACAUCCCCCAGUAGUAGCGCCACCCCCACCACCACUGACGGCCACCUCGCCGCAGAGUUCGCCCACGGGCAGCGUAGGAUUACCGGACAUCGACAGAAGGACCAACAGCAUCGCCUCGCUGAGAUACAAAGCUCGCGCGUAUCUGGAGAAAGCGCGUAAUAAUGGCGACCUCAUAAGUUGAAACGGUGCCGGCUGAGUGCGACGGACAAUGAGCGAGUCUGUCCUGAAUCGGCUCGGACGGUCAUGGAUCGAUGGAUCGGGAAUCGAGCAGGUUCCGGAAGUGAGAAUGUUGGCAAGUGGAUGAACUCGUCAAGUUUUUAGAUGCAUUUAAGAUCAAAGUUUGUCCAAUAUGUGACGCGCGUAUUAAGAAAAUAUCAAAAUAUUACCACAGGUGCCUCGGUGAUCGAAUAGUUAAGACACUCGCACGGAAAGCGAGUGAUCCAGGUUCGGUUCCUGGCUGGGGUGAUAUUUUUCGCAAUAAGAAUUUUGUUGAGUGAGGGGUU